AUGAAUUUGAUCAAGAUCGCAAUCCUUCUUCUGGUUCUUCUCUGCUCCAUCGCCGCAGUCUCCGUAAACAAAUACUGCACCCAAAACGCCAUCUUGAUGGUUUUCUCCAUUUGUGGCUCGUCCUGCGAGAAUGCGAAUGGUCUCGUCUCCGCCUGCAAUGCCGCUGCCGGACGCAUCACUCUCGAACAAAUCAACUCGAUAUGCUGCCCUACCACAACCCAUCUUGCUCAAUGA